AUGUCGCCUCUGCUGCUCAGUCCACGGUCCCUGCAUCUCCAGUACCCGUCAGCGUGCCUGCGGAGUAUCACCAUACGCGCCUCACACGGUGCUCUCAUAACAUGCGGCCCCGGGCCCAAGCAGUCCCCGAAAAGCAGCCCUAAAUCGCGCUCCCCUAAAAGCCCCUCCGCAGUCCGCAACGGACGGGCGUUUCAAGCUCCGACGUUCCUUCUCUCCUCGUCCUCCUCCCUUCUUCAUGCCUACCCCUCCUCUCCUCGCAACCUCGACACCAAACCGCUUCUUUCUGGCGCCGCCACCGCCGUCGUGAUUGGCGGCAACAGCGGAUACGGCGGCACAGGCGGCACGGGGAAACCCGCUCUGGGCUUCAAGGUUAGCGAAUUCACCGGCUCGCAUCUUGCGGAGAGUCUUCCCCGCGUUCUCCGCGGAUCCGCCGCCGUGGCCGCUUCCUCCCCUGCGCGCAACGACGUCGUUGCGGCUGUGGGCGGAAGCCAUGGACGAGGAUCGCAGCGGUGCGCGGAGCGGCGGCGCAGCGGCGCUUCCGCCGGUGCGAGUUUAGGCGCGCGCGGUGGAGUGCGCAAGGCUGCGCGAAGGGGGAGCAGGAUCUGCGCAACGCAGGCGGAAGAGGCGCAGGGGAAGGGGGCGGGAAGGGGGUUCAAUGCGCGCGUGCUGGUGGACGCGGGUGCGCUCGACGAGACGAGAUUCCGCGCAUUGCGCAAGAGGCGGAUCGUAUUCGGGCACGAUGACUGGAAGAGGCACGCGUCAUCCUUCCGCCACAACCGCCACUUCCGCAACAUCCUCCGCUCCAACGUCGUCGGUGCCGUCGUGCCGCCAGCGCUCACCGUCGCCGCCGUCGCCGCCGCCGUUACCGCGUGGAACACGCUGCUCGCGGGAACCCCGGCGGAACUAGCGCCGCUGGGAACGGUGGCGGCGACGGUGGCGGCGGGGGCGGCGGCGGCUGGGGCGGGAGGCGCGGAGGGCGCGGCGGGGGCGGGGGAGCUCCUCCCGCUGCUGCACAUGAACCUGCUGCCGUUCAGCCUUACGGUUCCCGCGCUGUCGUUCCUGCUUGUGUUCCGCACUAACUCGUGCUACGGGCGCUUCGACGAGGCGCGCAAGAUGUGGGGGUUGUUGCUCAACCGCACCCGAGACAUCUCCCGUCAGGCGCUUUGCUACAUGGGCCGCGACACACCCCUGCCUCUCCCUCCUCCCUCCGCCCUCUCUGCUUCUGCCAACGCUGCUGCUGCUGCCGGGAAUGGUGCUCCGGGUGGUGCUAGUGGUACUGUCAAGGUCAGGGGGUUGGUUACCGUUAAUGGUGGGGCUACAGCUAAUGGCAGUGUUGCCACUAAUGGCAGUGUUGCCACUAAUGGUAGUGUUGCCACUAAUGGCAGUGUUGCCACUAAUGGUAGUGUUGCCACUAAUGGCAGUGUUGCUGUUCAUGGCAGUGCUGCAGCUAAUGGCACUCGUACCAAAAAUGGCAAUGGCAGUAAUGUUCGGUCAAUUGUGGCAGCAGCUGGUCGGGCCAAUGGCAAACCAGUGGGGCUAGUAAAUGGGCAGGUAAACGGACGGGUAAACGGGCAGGUGAACGGGCAUAUUAACGGGCAUAUCAACGGGCAGGUGAACGGGCAUAUCAACGGGCAGGUGAAUGGGCAUAUCAACGGGCAGGUGAACGGGCAUGUGAACAGGCAGGUGAGCGGGCAGGUGAACGGGAAGGUGAAUGGGAAGGUGAAUGGGAAGGUGAACGGACAGGUGAACGGGCAUAUUAAUGGAAUGGUGAACGCAGCAAGGCAUGGGCUUACUGUGGGAGGGACGAAGGCGAAAGCACAGGAGACAGGGACAGCAGCAGCAGCAGCAGCAGCAGGGGCGGCAGCAGGGUCGGCAGCAGGGGGUACAACAGGGUUGGCGGCACGGGCGCGCGAUGAGAGGAGAAGGGAGCGGUUCCUGCGGCACGUGCAAGCAUUCCCUCUGGUGUGCAAGCACCACUUCGUGGCUGAAGGCAGCCUUGAGACGGACCUGCUGGAGCACACGACGCUGAGGGCAAGGGAGGUGGAGGGGGUGCUGGGAGCGGUGCAUCGCCCCAACUACGUGCUGCAAGUGCUGGGCGAGUGCAUGCGCUCCUGCGCCUCCCUGCACCCCAUGCACCGCCUUGCCAUGGAGGCCAACCUGGCCACGUUCGCGGACGACGUGGGGGGCUGUGAGCGCAUAUUCAAGACGCCCAUCCCCAUCUCCUACACCACCAUGACCUCGCGCUUCCUCUUCCUCUUCCACCUCCUCCUCCCUCUCGGCCUCUGGGACUCGUGCGGCCUGCUCACGCUGCCCGUGGCGCUGCUGUCCGCGCUCGUGUUCUUCUCCGUGGAUGAAGUUGGGAUUCUGAUCGAGAAUCCGUUUCUCAUUCUCGCGCUCGACGCUAUUGCCAAGUCCGCUCGUGAUAACGUGGAGGAGAUGAAGGAGUCUCAGGCGCGCAUUGCAGCACUCGUGGUGGGCAACGAUGAGGAGAUGCGGAGGGAGUACCAGCUGGGGGUGCCACAUGCUGUGCCUCUGGCCGACUUGCUACACAGGCCCACACACAGCAUGCAGCAGCACCAACAGCAGCAGAAGCAGGAGGAGGAGAGGAUGGAGAAGAGUAGGCUGAUGGGAAAGCGGACAAGAGGAGUGGAAAGGGUGUAUGCAGGAGGUAAAGGAAAGGCUCUUGUAGGGGGAGUGAAGGGCUUCUAUAGUGACUGGAACCAGGAAUGA